AUGAAACAACGUUCAUUUAUUCGUCAAUUAAUGGAAGUUAGAACAGAAAUUUUACCUUUAUUUAUGAAACUUAUUUUUGAUAUUAUAUCAACAUGGCAUUCGUACGAUUCGAUAGAUGACCAAUUGAAAACAUUAUGUCAUGUUGACAAUUGUAUUCGAUAUUUAUUUAAUCAAUUACAAAAAAAACAUAAUAGUAUAUUAUUUCAUCGUGCUCUUUGUUGUAUGACAGCAUGUCGUAAUGGAAUUAGUCAAAAUGAAUUAGAAGAUGUUCUUUCACUUGAUAAUGAUGUUCUCAAAAGUGUUUCUCAACAUUAUAUACCACCGGUUCUACGUUUACCUGGUAUUCUAUGGACAAGAAUUCGCAAUGAUCUCGAUGAAUAUAUAACAGAAAAGGAAAUAGAUGAUUCUUCUGUUAUCUAUUGGUAA